AUGUGCAUUGAUUACCGCCAGUUGAAGAAGGUCACCAUCAAGAACAAGUACCCGUUGCCUCGUAUUGAUGAUAUGUUCGACCAACUGCAGGGAGCUAGGGUGUUCUCUAAGACUGACCUGAGGUCAGGGUAUCAUCAGCUGAAGAUUCGGGACUCGGAUGUUCCGAAGACUGCAUUCAGGACUAGAUAUGGCCAUUAUGAGUUUCUAGUGAUGUCCUUUGGCUUGACCAAUGCGCCAGCAACAUUUAUGGAUCUGAUGAAUAGGGUAUUCAGGCCUUAUAUUGAUUCCUUCGUCAUCGUCUUCAUUGACGACAUCUUGAUAUACUCGCGUAGCCUGGGAGAGCACGAGCAGCAUUUGAGAGUAGUGCUUCAGACCUUGCGAGAGCAACAGCUGUAUGCUAAGUUCUCCAAGUGUACUCCAGCAGCUCAGCCUGUUACGGUAGUUCCGCCGGGUGUUACAGCACAGAACGGUGAUGGAUCAACUAUGUCUUCUGCGGCUUUGUGGAGAGUGGAUAGGUUUACCAAGAUUUCCACCACUCACCAUGGUGGUGGUCGUGGCUCUCAUUUGCAGUUUUUCGAUCAGCUAGCCUAUAGUGCACCACUAGCUCCUAUCAUUGCACCUCCGCUCCAGAGUUUUCAGGGUGGUUACUCAGGCCGCCAGGGUUAG